AUGGCUUGCUAUAUAGACGAAGAGGAAGUGUGGAAAUGUCCAAAACACCCCUCUAAGCGGCGGCGUAGUAAUGGAAUUUGUCCUACCUGCCUCCGCGACCGCCUUGUUAUCCUCUGCCCCGACUGCGCUAAAGUGCGCCCCUGUGCCUGCGUUUCGGCGACUUCCUCUUCUUCAGCUUCUUCGUCUUCAUCUUUCUCCUACCUCAACGGCCGUGGUGAUGGCGGCUCCGUCGGCGGUCGGGUCUCCAACCUCAUCGACGGAGAACCAUCUUUUCGCCGGUCGAGAUCACUCGCAAUCCCCUUCCUCCGGUCGAAGAACUCAACGGGCAGUGAUAUGAUAAAGACGCCGUCGUUUUGGUCCGUUUUGAAGAGAAGUAAGACCAAGAGAAGUGAGCCCACAAAAGAGAAUGGAACGGUUAACCACAGUAUUCACAAUGAUGAGAACGUGGAAAGCAACAACAAAAUUGAUGAUUUUGCAAGGAUGAUGAUGAGAUCGAGGUCGGUUAGCGCCGGUACGAGGAUGACGUCAGCUUUCGGUCGUGAUGACGUCAGGUCGUCGGCGUCGGUGAAGGGAAAAUCAUGGUACUUUCCGAGCACGAUGAAGGUUUUCCGGAGUACUAAAACUCCCAAAGUUAUCAAUACUGCUCGUUCACCUUUGCACAGAGGUUGA